AUGUGAAUUUAUAGCUCAAUAAAGCUCUUAGAAAAGAGUGCAUACUGGAUGAUUCCAUUUAUCUACAACUCUAGAAAAUGCAAACUAAUAUAUGGUGACAGACAGCAACCCUACUUGGCUCACUACCUCACUUUCUAAUCCCCUCCAUCUUCCCAAACAUUUUUUCAGUUCCCUGACUGCCUAUGGUAACAUUGGUCUUGAGAAGAAAAAAGGCAUUUGGGGAGAGAGUGGGUGUGUCCUCACUUUGCAAAGGGAAAGGUGAGGUUUGGCAGUCUCCUAAGGGAGUAGCUCCUACUGGGGUCCGGGGAUCAAAGUAAUCCUGUAUUACCCGAAAGGAUAGUUUAGAACUCUGGCACUUCUACAUGGCGAGGCUGGUCCUGGAACUCCACUUCCCAGGAGGUCUCGGGGCAUCGAGCUGAGACUGCGCGCGACGACGGGAUGGGACUCGGUAGCUGCCCGGAUGUGGCGCCCAGUGCGCGAGCCUGCCCAGCCCAGCGAGUGUCACCCCGCCAGCUCUGGUCAAUCGGCGUGGGAAGACAACCACCUUAUCCGGUGAAAACUGCUGUGCAGACUGUACCUGUGAAGAAGAAUGCUUGUCAGAUGAGAUUGGGAGAUUGAGAAGAAACUAAUUUCAAGAAAAAUCCACAUGUGCACAUACAUGUGAUACUGCAUACAACUUCAGAGGUGGCUUCUAGGAUCUGCUGAAGCCUGUCUAACCAUCCAUGGGCUCCAUGGACUCCACGGGAAGAAUGCAGACGAUCAAAUGUGUGGUUGUGGGAGAUGGGGCUGUAGGUAAGACCUGCCUCCUCAUCAGUUAUACAACAAAUGCCUUUCCUGAAGAGUACAUCCCCACUGUCUUUGACAACUAUAGCGCCCAGACAUCUGUGGAUGGCCAAAUUGUCAGCCUGAACCUUUGGGACACAGCUGGCCAAGAGGAGUAUGACCGACUGCGAACACUGUCCUAUCCCCAGACAAAUAUCUUUGUCAUUUGUUUUUCCAUUGGCAACCCGUCCUCUUAUGCCAAUGUGAGGCAUAAGUGGCACCCAGAGGUCUCUCAUCAUUGCCCCAAUGUACCUGUUCUGCUGGUAGGCACCAAGAGGGACCUGCGGAGUGACCUUGAGACAGUGAAGAAGCUGAAGGAACAGAGCCUAGUGCCCACAACACCUCAGCAAGGCACUUCCCUGGCUAAGCAGGUGGGGGCUGUGAAGUAUCUGGAGUGUUCGGCCCUGAUGCAGGAUGGGGUACAUGAGGUAUUUUCAGAAGCUGUGCGGGCUGUGCUUUACCCAGCCACAAAGAAGACCACCAAGAAGUGUGUCCUCUUAUAGCUUUUGGGGCAUUGCUUGGGAACUGCAUCUAAGGGGAAUAGGGAAAGAUCCCUUUGGCAGCAUUUAACAAUGCCAGCAUGAGCCAUCUGUCUCUUCUCUUGGAAACCCGAGACUCUAGGUUAUUUGGCUUUUAGAGGAAUGAAGACAGGCUAGUUUGUUUAUGGCUGCUUUGAAGUUUGGUCUGAACCUUUUGGAGGAAGUUUGAGAAAGAGAGAGAGAGAGGUAUCUCCCGUCAGAGCAGUAAGAAGAUACCACCAAGGGUUGUUCUUUUCUGUCCUGGCCAGGCCACAACUAAGCAGAGCAGCCUGGUAUUACUGUUCUUGGUAGGCUUUUGCUUGUCUGCUUUUAAAUCUGACAAGCCAACUUUUCCUGGCUCUAUUUACUAUUGAGUAAGUGCCUCACAGAAGGACAAGUUCCUCCAGUUUUCAAAGCAUUGCCUUGAACCUUCUGACAUACUAAUUUUUGAAAACCAUUAUAUUUGUGAUUCCUGGGUGUUCCCAAUGUUGACAUGCUCUUCCCAUUCUGAGAUGAGACAUUUUUGCAAAAACUGUUAAGCAGCAUUUUCUAAAGUUGUGUGAGAUGGUAACAGAUGUUCCUUAAAAGGGUCAAGUAAGUCAGCAAUUUAAAUAAAGCUGAACAGGUUCCUCUACCAUAGGAAUUUAUAACUUUUAUAUGCAACAUUUCCCACUUAUUUCAGUUUUUUUUUCUGGACCCCAUGCAACACCUAUCUCUGGGAACAGCUUAAGAGAUGCUGGGUUAAUUGGAACUAGGAAUUCCCACGGAGGUGGCUGUGGGGGAAUAAAAAGCACAAUGGGGUCUUGUUCUUUUUGAUGUUUUCCUCUUCAUGUCUUUGAAAGAUUUAUCAGCCAUGGACUUUUAUUGGUUCCUCUUCUUAGGAGAGGGGUUGGGCGCUUAGUCAUGCUAGUGCAUUGGAUGUGGGAUCUGAUGGUCAGGUCAGCUCUCAGAUUCUGAUAGCACUGCAGGUCUGCUGAUGUAGAAUUAAUCCUUCCCAAAUGCUGUAUCUCUGAGGCUUCUGUGCGGACCUGUUUUUGGUCACCUUCUACUUUAGGGAAAGACCACUGAAGGUUAAAAGCAACCAACCAACCACAAAAAAUGUCCUACCAGUCAGUCAGGGAUUUUUGUGAUGUCCUCUAGGAUUUCUCUACUGCUCUCAUUCCUCUGAGUCACCGUAAAGGCUACCUUGCUCUCUUCCUAUUCUUCCCUCCUCUGUAUAGCUCUGUGUGUGUGUGUGUGUGUGUGGUGUGUGUGUGUGUGUGUGUGUGGCCCUUUUGUGCCUUUAGUCCUUAUGGGGAUUUUGCUGGAGUUGCUCAGCCUGCCUAGUCAGAUUCCAUAUCGCAGUGGGCCUGUUGCUGCUUCUCCCUAGUUAUAUAUUUGACUUUCAUUCAUUAUGAUUUAAUUCUCCACCUGGCCAACAGUGGUUGACAGUUCUAUCAUUCACAUACCUUCUCACCCUGCCAAAAUAGCAUUGGAUUUUUGAGAGUUUAGGAAAUGGAGCUAAAAGGAUCACAUACCUUCUCCUGUGGUAGUGAAGUGUCUGUUUCUUGCUCUGUGAUAUGUUUGCUGUUGCUCUUCAACAAGAUAUGAUGAGUAGCCUCAGGCUUAACUGAACCCCCUGGAUAGGGUUGCCAGAUAAAACACAAUUUUUUACAAAUAAUUUUUUAGUGUAAGUAUGUACCUCGCAGCAUUUGAGGCAUUACUUACACUAAAAAAUUAUUUGUUUUUAUUUGUAAUUCAAAUUUAGUGGGGCAUCCUGUAUUUUUAUUUGCUAAGUCUGGCAACCCUACUCUUGGAGAAUCUGGAACCUGGAGGUCAAGCAGAUACCAAAUAUUGAUAGGAGACAAAGGUUAUGUUACACUCUCUUUUCUUCCUCCUUUUCUUUCAACAUGGACUCAAGUGUUUUGUUUUGUCUUCUCUUCAUCACUGCACUCACACAGUACUUCUUGGCAUAUAUUUCUCCACCAUUGAUUGUCUACAGCUGCGGAGGAUCCAGGAGGGAUAGUAUUGUUCAGCAUAUGCCUUCUCUCUCAAUUCCAACGUAGGUGUCUAUUUCCUGGUGUGUGACCCAGUGCUUCCUGUGGAGGGUGGUAGGGACUCUGUUGUAUGAACAGGGUGUUAACAGAAGAAGGUGAGGGUGGUCCUCCUUAACUGAGGCCUGGUAGCACGUUGGAAAGUGGGGCUGCUAUUAUAGUAGCAGGGGCACUAUAGGAGUCAGUCAGCCUGUGGGCAUGUGUGCCCACUAUCCCGGGUAGUCACUGAUAUUCCUCAGGCAGCGACAUGUAAGUGCCCAUUGCUCAAGUAUUCCAGGAUGUUCUGAUGGUUGCUGCCUGGGGUGCUCACAGGACAUCGUGUCAUGGUUGAAAGGGCUAGAAACAUGGCUGUACCCUGUCAUUGGGAACUUUCUGUUUAGCUACUGAAAUCUUUUUAUUUGGCUUUUAAUUGAAUAGUGCUUCCUGCUGCCAUUUUGCCUGGCAAAUUCCCAAAUGUAAGUCUGGGUUUGGUUUGGACAAACUCAUGUUCUUUAAUAAGUGGAGGUAUGAUCCAUAAGCCUAAGAGAGUGGUUUUGUAUUGGGCUGAUUUGAUGGUCCUAAGCAUACAAUGGCAUCUACAUUUUUAUACUUAAAAGGGAUUUGUAUGAAGAGUAACAUGCUAAUAUCACUUUAGUUAUUCAUACUGAAUGGUAAUAAUAAACUUCUCUGAUUUUACUGGGUCUGUUUUCUAAAAAAUCAAAGCAAUUCCACACCUCUCCCCUACUUUGUUUUGAGUGACUUCUAAAUAAAUGCUUUUCAAAUUGCAAA